UGAACUUGGAUGUAAACAAAAUAAAAACAGAGCCAGGAUUGGAGAAGAUUUGUGUCUUGUUGUCACGAUUCUUCUGAGAUGGACGUUGGAGUGUCCAAGUCCCAUGUGUUUCUCAACUACAGCCCCAGAGCCCUCUUCUCCCAGUGAGACACACAUCUGCAUGGUGGUGCUGUGUGCUCCUCGCCUCGGUCCCGUGGGGUCCCAGUACUCUUCGCUGUUGGCUUACCUCCAGUGCAUUCUGUAUCUGUGUGUGGAGCAUCCCACUGGGUGCACAGCGUGUCAUGGACGCAGUGAAGGAGGGUCACAAAAGCACCCUCAGCUCGGGCAAAAUGGUGGCUCUGGCUGCGGGGCUCUCCGUCGGGGCCACAGUGGGCUACAUUGUCUAUCGUCAUAUAAGCAGCACCAACAACACAGGUGAAGGGCCAAACCCUGAGGUGUCCAAGAUGACACUUCCUGUAGAAGUUUAUAGGAACAUAUCCAGAUACCAAGCAAAGUUUUUGGACAUGGUGACCCAGAAGUCUGGAGCUCAGGUGAGGGUUUUAUCAGAUCCAGGGGAGCCAGGAUGUAAGACGGCGGUGUGUUUCCUGCUGCAGGGCUCUAAGGAGCAGGUCCUGCUGGCCCGCUGUGUCCUGGAGAACCUGGUCACUGACUGUGAACCGGUGGCCGAGGCUUUGGAGGUUCCCCAGACCGCAUUUGGACGUAUAAUAGGCCGUGGCGGAGAGAGUUUGAAACUGAUCACCAGGACCACAGGGGCCAAAGUGGCUUGUUCCAAAGAAAAGACACAUGGUCCCGUGGCAAAGGGCAACGUGACAAUCACAGGGACCAGACAGGAGGUGAAACAGGCCAAGGAGCUGAUCCUAGAAAAAGUCAGAGAGGACAUGAUGGUGAGGACGAAGAUCUCACAGUCUUCUGCUCUGCGACAGAAACGCGGCCCCACCGCUGUGAACCACAGGGUGGACAGUGCAGGCACUGAAGCACCAGUGGGGCUGAACAACAACGGGCUCUGCUCCCAGACAGAAAAAAAUGGCCUCAUCCACACCAACGGGGGCACAGAAGAACCAGAAGAUGUUUCAGACAAGACGGAGGAGCUGAAAAUCACCAACACAGACAAGGAGGAGGAGGAAGAGAGUGUCUCCACAGACUCACUGUCCGAAAUAUCCAAGUUUGAAAUCCCCAGCCCAGACCUGAGCUUCCAGCCUGAUGAACAUCUAGAGGUUUAUGUUUCUGCUUACGAGAACCCGAACCACUUCUGGAUCCAGAUCCUGGGGGUCCGCUCACUGCAGCUGGACAAACUGACAGAGGAGAUGAACCGCUUCUACAACAGUGGCAACCCGACUGAGCAGAGGGUGGAGACCAUCGUGGUAGGGGACAUUGUGGCUGCUCCAUACCGAGACCACGGUACAUGGAACAGGGCCAGGGUGCUGGGAGUGCUGAGCUCUGGACUGGUGGACCUUUACUACGUUGAUUUUGGGGACAACGGGGAGCUGCCCAGGGACAGUCUCUGCCGUAUGAGGAGCGACUUCCUCAGCUUGCCAUUCCAAGCUAUUGAGUGCAACUUAGCAGGAGUGAGACCAAAAGGAGAGGCGUGGAGCGAGGCAGCCCUGGAUGAGUUUGAGCGGCUGACGUACUGUGCCUCCUGGAGACCCCUGCAGGCCAAACUCUGCAGCUACUCUCACUCUGAGGUCUCCUCCUGGCCCAGCGUCAAGCUUUAUGACAACAGCGAGGGCAAGACUGUAGACAUCGGUGAGGACCUCGUGCGACUGGGCCACGCUGUCAGCUUCCAGGAAGUGGUGAACGGGAGGACAGAAGGCGACAAUCUCGGCUGUCUGCAGAGGAUGUUGGAUGACGUGAUAGGAGCAUCAUCAGAGCUAAGUCUCUCCUGUAUCAGCUUAUCAGGCGCUCGGCAACAACGAGAAGACCUGUCACCAUCAGUGUCAUCUUCAUCUUAUCCAUUUAUCCCGAGGUCCGUGGAGCUGCGCAAGAAGCUGCCUCAAUCUCAGGAAGCGUCGAUGAUGUCAUAGAGGAUGAGCUGCUCUGAGACCAAAGACGUUCAUAAAUAUCAAGCACUGACCAUCCCCUCCUUUGCAUCAGUUCAAAUGAGACUCAACCGCAUAAAUCCUCAUCGUGAAGCCUUACCUACUUGACAAGCGGCAGUUCUUCCAGCCAUAUUCACUUUAUUGUUACUUCAAUACAAAAUUAAUUCUUCUGUUUUGCCUUUAUGCUGUUCUGUUGUACCUGAUGCUGCUUGGCGUAUUGUCGUUACUAUAUUUUGUGUUCAAGAAAUGAAGAGAGGAACAAAACCAGAAUGCCAGUAUUAUUUUUGAGAAGCACUGUGAUCUGAGUCACUGGAACCAGAAGGCAGCUGGUUAGCUGACAGUUUUUUUCUCCACUUGUAUGUGUAAUUAAUUGCCGGUAUAGUGGGCCCCACAAGUUAUUAUAUUUUGAAAAUGAAACCAUACAGUAUUAUUGAAUGUGGUCCACAGAUUGUGUUCAGUAUAAAAAUAUGGCAUCUACUGUAUCAUUACCUAGGGACAGAGGAACGUUUGUCUUCAGAGGUGUAAUAGACUGCACUAUAUAUAAUAAAUGAUUUAUUUUA